CGAACAGUUCACUAUAAACCGCUGUGCGCGCCAACGGCGCCACAUCGAAACACCAUGCGCAAACUGAUUUUCGCCAUGCGUGCACUAUCUUUGUUUCGGCCGAGUUCCCCUCUACAAUUAUCGUGCGGCUAUCAUGGUCAUUCCUCGUGUACGCACUUGAUUUUGCCGUGCAGAGACCGCGGAUUUGGCGGGCAUUACACCGUCGUCUCGUGGUAUACGCAGCGUGCUUAACCUACGACGCAAUUUUACUUGUGUUCUAGUAUUAUUGUGAUUGUGAUUGGACUUGUUUUAUAGUAUUGUUAUGAUAGUGAUUGGAUAUUUAUAUUAUUAUGGAUCCAUCUAUUAACUCAUUACUAACAAGUUGGAUGCUGGAUGACUUGUCAUAUUAUAUGCUUCUUCAUGAAAUUACUUACGAGGAAUUUAUUAAUUUAAGUAAAAGCAAAAUAGACUUAAUAGUACCUGAUAGCCACAGUACAUCUAGGAAUAAACUUAAUAAUGUAUUAGAACUGUAUCGAAAAACUUUGAAUUCUCAAAAACCGGUUCUCGCAGAUGUAUCAAAUCUCAAUCAAAAUGCUUCUAGUAACGAUUGCUAUUACGAAACUUCUAAAGUCCCUACUGAAAGAGAUAAAUUUAAAGAUUAUCAAGAUUUUUAUACACAAAUACAAAAAAAUAAAAGAAUGUACAAAUUAUUACAUCAUGCUGAUUGCUUAUGGGGCAGUAUUAUUCUAUAUAUGUAUGCUUAUCAGGGCAACAUUUCAUCAUUGAGGGACGAGCUGAGUAAAAUAUUAGUGGAUGCAGAGCUUGAUAAAACAAAAGAGAGUACACUACCAUUUCACAUUCCCUCUAAGGUGUUCCAAAGUCUCAGUCAAGAAAUAGUAGAUUUUUUCCCAUGUGAAGAAAAAAAAGUAUAUUAUGAUUGUAGCUAUACUUUAUCAAAAGAAAACAGAUUAAGUAAUAAUACUAAUACUAAAAAUAAAAAAGGAAGAGUAAAUGCUACAGGAAAACUACAAAAUGCUUAUUCAGCAAGGCGAGGUCACAUCGAAAAAAAAACAAAUUUAUUGAUAAAUCUACACCCUCAAGUGACACAAGUAAAAACUGAUACGCCUACUUUUACUGCAUCUGAGACAUUAUUGGACAUAAAUUGUCUGCUGAAUAAGCCGGAGGAUUUAAGUGACAGUGAGAAAUACCACAUAAUAGAGAAUUGGAUGACAUCUUACAGCUACAGGAAACAAACAUACACUGAAAAAGGACUAGAUUUGAUUAAAAAAUUAAAAGUUUUAGAGACAGAUCUUGCAUAUCAAUUGAUUUCAUAUGAUUUCAAAAAAACUUUUGAUGAGGCAGAGAAAUUUCAUAAAAAUCUUUUGACUGAAUGGGCUCAAAGCGCUGAAUUUCUUGUUCAGUACGCAAAAAGUUUAAGCGAAAACACUGUAAAGUUUGAUGUCCCUGAAUUAAAUGGUAAUUACAUCAAAGUCGAUUACUCAAACUUGGAUGAUGUUUUUCUCAAAAUAAAAAUUUCAACAGAUGGGAAUGGAGUAGCUGAUACAUUGGCUUUUCUCAUUUUACCUGCCCUCAUCAAACACACUUUCCGAUCCAACCAGAGCAGUGGUACAUGGAAAAUCACUAAAGAGAAAAGCACCGAUUCAUUUAUGCAACACAUAAAAGACCACGAAUUAUUGGAUACGAUAAAAAAUGACUAUUCUAAGUUUCUACAAUCACAUUCAGUGCAGGAACCGCAACCAUAUGUAGUUUGCUGUGGCCCAUUGGAUGCUCUAACUUGCGUUCAUGCAGUUGUAGGUGAUAUCGUGUAUGAUUUUACCACGGCGACCGAAGCAGUCGAUUUUUUGUACAAAACGUUGCGCGUCUUGGAUAUUCAAUACCCUGUUGGAUGCCCUCAUGUUUGGUCGUACUUCCAGCUCAUUUUUAAUCAAAAAGAUCGCAGAGUCAUUGCGAAAAACAAGUGCCUUGAAUUAGAUGCAGAUAUAAAAGAAUUGAAGAAUAAAAGGCAAAGAACCAAAUAGGUUUUAAAAUUAAGAAAUUUUUAGUAACUUAAUCGUUUUUCGACUUUUAUGCACUGUAGUAUAACUAAAUUUUAUUCAUUAAGUUAGUAAAAUGGAUCUA